UUACAGGGUAAGGACAGACCACAACCCUGUUUUGCGCGGUGAAGGGCCCGCUCACGUUGGGGCCAACCUCAGCACCCAGUCUCUCUUUAUCUUCUAGGGUCUACUUGUUAUGUUGCUAUCCGCCCUUUUUUUCGUUGUUUGCUUCGCCUGUCUGACUCUUGUUCGCUCUGCCUUUUACCCGGCUGCCCUUCCUUUGUCCGUUCGCUCCCCGUACUUACAGUGCUACGCCGACACCCUCGCCGGUGACAAUACUAAUGACCAGUGGCCCCAGUUUUGGACUGAGAGUAGGAUUUUGGGCUGGAGUGGAUGGAUUCGUAUCGACGGCUCAACCUUCCAGUUGUGGGGACAAUCUGGAACCACUACAAACUUGACUAGUUUCGAGGUUACUCCUACUCGCACCGUUUUCUCCAUACAUGCCAACACGACGAAUGUGAACGUGACAUUUUUGAGUCCAAUAGAGCCGUCAAAUUUGGUUCUUCAGUCACUGCCUUUUUCAUACGUUUAUAUCGAUGUAGAGUCGAACGACGGACAAGAGCAUUCAAUACAGCUCUAUUCAGAUAUCAGCGCUGAGUGGAUCUCUGGCGAUUCCAAUUCCUUGGCCGAGUGGAGCACUACUAGAACAGAUUCUUCGACUAUCCAUAAAGCUGCUCGACAGACGCCUUUAUUUAUGCAAGAGAUAAAUAGUUUAGCUGAAGAUGCGACGGUGUACUACGCAUUUCUUAUAAGCAAUGACGCAACGUAUGAGACCGGCAAUGACACCGUUGUUCGGGGCGAUUUUAUAGAAAAUGGUGCUUUGUUCGACAGUGUGGAUACAAAGUUCCGUGCAAUUUCAGACCACUUCGUCGUGUUUGGCCAUGCCAUCAAUCUCAGUAACAUUACUAAUACAGCUUCGUCAGUUGUCUGGGCAGUAGGGCUUGUCCGUGAUCCAGUGAUCAAUCUUUAUUCGACGAGUGCAAAUAACAAUCGCAGUUCGUACUUUUGGACGGAAUACAACACAGUCAGCGAUGCAAUCGAUUUUUUCCUCAGUGACUUCUCGAAUGCUAGGCAAAGAGCCAUCGACCUCGACGAUAAGAUCGUGUCCGACGCCCGCCAGGUCUCAGAUAAUUAUGCGGACCUUGUUACACUCGCUGCUCGUCAAGCAUUGGCCGUGGAUAUUACGGUUUCCAAAGACAGCGAGGGACAAUGGAAUACAUCGGAUGUGAUGACGUUCAUGAAGGAUGUGGGCAACUCACGUCGCGUUAAUCCCGUCGAAAUACUAUAUGCGGCCUUCCCCGUCUAUCUCUAUUUCAAUACAACAUGGGCUGAAUAUCUUCUUGAACCAUUGCUGCAAUACCAACAGUCUUCACAGUAUACUAAGACCUAUGCAGCUCCAGAUCUCGGCUCGUCGUAUCCAAGUGCCGAGGGGAACGAUGGCCCAUCAAUAUUCGGAGCAAUAGAGGAUUCGGGAAACAUGCUCAUCAUGAGCUGGGCUCAUGCCAGAUUUUCUGGUGAUAGUACACUAAUAACACGAUAUUAUAAUUUGUAUAAGCGGUGGGCAGACUACCUAGUUUCUGUUACGUUGGACCCGAAUGGCUACACGGAUGCAGAUGGAUUGGACAAUGCGAACAUGACCAACUUAGCCAUUAAGGGUAUCAUUGGCAUCAAGGCUAUGUCAGAAAUCAGUCAAGCGUUAGGAAAGAGCCAAGAUGCUGAAACAUACUCGUCCACAGCCAAAUCGUACGUUGAGCAGUGGCAGAUCUCGGCCGGCUCAACAGGCCACCUCCUCUCUACUUACGGACCGACGGCCGACUCGUCAUCAUGGUCCCUUGUAUAUAAUCUUUUUGCAGAUAAGUUGUUAGGAACGGCACUUGUCGACUCCAGUAUCUACACUAACCAAGAUACCUUCUACUCCCAUGAGGCUGAUACAUCCGGUGUUUUUGGGAUACAGUAUGACAGUAGUGUUGCCAACGAAGCCAAAUCUCACUGGACCAUGUUUGCUGCUGGAGCUUCAAAUGAUACCACCGUACGGGAUACCCUUAUAUCACUAGUCCAUACGAAAGCGGGCUCCAAUGUCUCUGCUGGCGUCUUUCCUUUGACGUACAAUCCUAAUAAUGGGAGUACGAUUAGCGGUCAGGCUAGCCCUGGCCAAGGGGCCAUGUUUUCAUUAAUGGCUUUAAGUCUUCAAAAUAAGACCGUUGGAGACGGUUCAUCCAGUAAUAAUGAUCAAACCUCCUCCUCAGGUUCAUCCAAAGCUGGUGCAAUUGCGGGUGGCGUAGUCGGCGGACUUGCUGCUCUCACCCUUCUCAUCUUCGGCUUCUUCAUGUGUCGAAGACGGCAGCGGCGAACGCAGGACAUGUAUAACCAACGAUCUGGCUGGUCUUCCUCUACCAGUGAUACUCCCUUUUGUAUGGGCAUUUUUCGUAAACGGAAAUCUCCAGAACGCGAGAGUAAUAACAUCGAUCCUAUACUAUCAGAAUCAGUUAUUCCCCAGCCAUACGAUCCAUACGGUUCUUAUGGAACACAGCACUCUUUACAGCCAUUGCGUCCAGGACAGCAGUAUGCUUCCGUAGAAUCUUAUGCUGAAGCUGGGCAGCGAUUGGGAAAGAGAGGACAACCUAUUAUUCUUUCAAGUCCGACGUCUGACCCAACUGCGGCAGCGUCUACGACAGCCUUUGGAUCGUCAAGUGCGAGUCGAAGUGGGGGAUCUGAUUCGGAUACUACGGGCCAGCUUCGCAACGAGGUUGAGAACCUACGGAGAGAGAUGGAAGAGAUGCGAGCGAGGAGUCAGUAUGAGCCUCCACCACAAUACGCGUAAAGUAUAAGAUCCUGUAUCCAUUGGUCUUUUCUUCGUGGGAUCAUUGUUGCUGUACUGAUGUAACUUCUUCUAUUUAUCUGGGUGCUAACAGAACCUGUACGGCGGUUUACGUGCUGCACCGCUACUUGACACUCGCAAAUAAAAGACAAUUGCA